GCAGACAGAGACAGAGAGAUGCAGCAGGACGAGGCAGUCUGGCUGGUCAAUACUCAUAACUCAGAUGACAGUCCACACAUGACUACAAUUACCGCUGAGCCUGGUUCCUUUUUCUGUGUUAUCAUUGUGCAGGCUGAGCACUGCCGAGUCAGUCAGAGCCCUCCUAAUACGAGCUUGUAACUGAGCUUCAAAUGAGAGAUUUCAGAACAUGAAGAGGAAGGAUUGUCCCGUACGCUCCUUAAAGGUAGAUUAGAAUAAUAGGAACCUGCUGCAUGCCUACGCUGCAUGGAGUCACAGUCUUCGGUCUCUCCGACUGCUUCCAUGGAGUGAAUGAAGCGCUCGUGAUGUCAGGCAUGGAGUUACCAGCGGUGGGUUUAAACAGCUCCCGCCUGGGGAACGUGACGUUACUGAAGCCCGUCCCCACCUCCAUUUCCACCGCCGUGGACUCCUCCUCCUCCUCCUCCUCCUCCUCCUCCGCCUCGGAUCGCCUGGAGAACGUCUACGUCUACGUCUCCAUCUUCCUCAGCCUCCUCGUCUUUCUCCUCCUGUUGCUGGUCAUUGCCCUCCACAGACUCAAGAACAUCAUCUCCUCCAGCUCCUCUUACCCAGAAUGCACCAGCAACGGAGGGAACUCUUUCACCAACAUUGAGAUUUGCAGCCUGUCUUCUCAAAGGUCCACGGUGUCUUCCUUAUCGUGCUGAGGCUACAACUACUCAAAAUAAGCAUGCAAAUCCUUCAUUCUGGCACACACGCACACAUAGACACAGCACAGGGAAAGUAAAGUACAUUAGCAAGUGCGACCUCAACGGCUAACAGUAUUAACAAAUUAUCAUACUGUCACAGAGACAGCUACUUGGUGAUAUGUAAUAUACCUAAUAAACCUUUGUUAAGAGA